AUCCAGCCUUCUAGAAGAAUCAUGCCUCCUGCAGCUUUGAGUGCCACCUGUUGCGCCAGGCACACGCCGCUGCACACGAGGAGAUGCCGUUUGAAUUCUCCGUGAAUGUUGGGAGGAGGAAUGCCCGAGCUGCCGGUAGAAAAUUAUCCAAACGGGAAAUAUCCCCAGGAUGGACUUCUUGGUUCUCUUCUUGUUCUACGUAGCUUUGGUGCUGAUUGGUGUUGUUAUGAUUUGCAUCUGCUCCAAAACCCGUUACCUGAAAGGCCUGGUCAGAGGGGGAGCACAGAUAAUUUCCUAUAUAAUUCCAGAAUGCCUUCAGAGAGCUAUGCUAAAAUUGCUUCAUUACCUCUUCCAUACACGAAACCACAUCUUCAUUCUCCUGCACCUUGUCUUGCAAGGGAUGGUUUACAGUGAAUACACCUGGGAAGUAUUUGGCUACUGUCGGGAGCUGGAGUUUCCCUUGCAUUACCUUCUUCUGCCCUACCUGCUGCUGAUUGUAAACCUGGUGUUUUUCACGCUCAGCUGUGUGAGCAACCCUGGUACCAUAACAAAAGCAAAUGAGUUAUCAUUUCUUCAAGUUUAUGAAUUCGACGAAGUGAUGUUCUCAAAGAAUAUGAAGUGCUCUACUUGCAAUUUAAGGAAACCAGCGCGAUCCAAGCACUGCAGUGUGUGUAAUAGGUGUGUGCACCGUUUUGACCAUCACUGUGUUUGGGUAAACAACUGUAUCGGGGCCUGGAAUGCCAGGUACUUCCUCCUCUACCUCUUGACAUUGACGGCCUCAGCUGGCACCAUGGCCGUGGUGAGCACUGUGUUUCUGGUCCAGUUGGUGGUGCUGUCGGACUUGUAUCUGGAGACUUACGUUGAUGAUCUGGGACACUUCCAGGUUGUUGACAUUGUCUUUCUCAUUCAGUACCUGUUCGUGACCUUCCCGAGGAUUGUCUUCAUGCUGGGCUUUGUCGUCAUGCUGAGCCUCCUCCUGGGGGGCUACCUGUGCUUUGCUUUGUACCUGGCUGCCACCAACCAGACCACUAACGAGUGGUACCGAGGUGACCGGGCCUGGUGUCAGCAUUGCCCCCACGCGGCCCGGCCCCCUUCAGCAGAGCCCCAGGUCUACCGGAACAUUCACUCCCAUGGGAUUUGGAGCAACCUCAGAGAGAUCUUCCUACCUGCCACUGCACAUUAUGAGAGAAAAAAAAACUAAGAAUGGGAAGUGUUACUGCCACUUAAAUAUAGUAUAAAUUCAUUUAUACAUAUA